AUGUCUGACUUUGCGCGCGACGAUGCGGAACAGACGAAUGGCAGCGGCUUUUCACCGUCGGAACCGAACCCUGGAGCAAUGUCCCCAACAUACCAUAUCAUCCGAGACGUGCCACAAGAUGAAACAUCUUGGAAUCUACAAUACGUAUCGGACAUUUAUAUACCACCUCACCCGCCUUUGUUAGCCCAAUCAGAGGACGGGCAAGCACAGCACGAAAUCGACUCUGAGAUGAAUGAAGCACCUCUCUUCUGGCCUCAACCUACAGGUUACAACCCAACACUAAUCAAUGAGAACGCAGCUGUCGCCUCCGAUUCGUAUUUCUUUCCGAAUCCGGAUUUUGUUUUUACAGGCUUCUCUGAAGCUGGAAUGUUCACUUCCAAUACAGGAGCAUGGUCUUAUGACUAUAAUAAUCCUAGCUUCACUGAACAAACUCCGCUGGCGAACGGCUUCUUUGAGUCUGCAACAUUCUCUUCCAAUGCAGGAGUAUGGUUUCAUGAAAGUAUCAAUACUAACUCUGCAGAGUAUAUUGCCCACUCAAAUGGCUUUGAUAUAGGCAGUAGUGGCGAUUUGGCUCUCAGAGAAUACUCGCAACAACUUCCCAGCAUAUUACCUUGGGCUCAAGUUCAGACGAAUCAGAACGUAGGAGAAGCAAAUACAGCUAAUUUCCAAGAUAAUUUCCAAUUCCAUCAAGAUAUCUCGUUGGCACCUUCAGAGCUCGAGAAUCUUGACUUGACGUCUUCCCAUUAUGGUACAUCUGGGUAUCCUGACCUACUGAGCAAUCUAGAAAUCUACCAGCCAUUACAAUCUCCUUAUCGGGACUCCAUAAACAACUAUCGCCCCAACCAGUUAAACCUUACAAACGGGCACCUCGAAGAUACAAACAUGUCUCUAUAUCAUUCAAUACCAUUUUCAGGGUUCGAACCAUCAGCAGAAUCAGCAGGAGGGGACCCACCGUACCAGAACGCAGACCAAGUAUUUAGCCAUCAGUCAGUUUCGACAGUUUUCGGACCAUCUACGCCAGUGGGCCUACCUUCAGGUGGCUUGGGAAAGAGACACGAGAAGGCAAACCGAGAUUCCACCGAUGUCCGAAGAUGGGCGUGUUGGAAAUGCAAAAGGCAUAACAAAUCUUGUGAUGGCCAAACCCCGUGCUCAUACUGCAUGAAAACCUUCGAAAGGGCCAGAAUUCUAAAGCAUCCAUGUGCGAAAGCAUACUUCAGUGACUUUGUUCUCACCAACUCAUAUUUUGAAUUUCCGACAUUAUAUCAAAAUCUAGUCAUUGAAAAACAGAGAAACAUCGACUUGGUACGCGCGUUAUCUGUUUCAGCCAAGCUAUUUGAGCGAGAUACUCUUUUCCUUACAAAGUCAUCUUUUGGCAUCAGCACAAAUUGCAUGAUAUCGUGGGGUCUAGCAGUAGUUGCCAGCCAUGAAGCUGCCGUUUCCGAAAUCAUAAAAGAAGAUAUUGGACAUAAUUUCGAGACCAAUCCUCGACGAAUCGCCUUGGAGAUCGUGAAAACUCCACAAGAUUUACGCCGAACCUUCGAUAUUCCGCUUCACUUUUUCGAAAUUCCAGGCAAAAAUAAGACUACUGAAGAAUGGCUUUCUAAAAAGUUAAAACGGAUGGUUUUCUGCUAUCAUGGAUUCUUUACUUUCCAAGCGAUGAAAAAGACAGAAUUGAACGCGCCAGUUGGGUUUGACGACCAAUCGGUGGAACAUGCAGCCAUGCUGAAUAUUUGGCUUACCAUGCGCCAAUGUGAAAUUGACCUUUUCAAAUAUUUAGAACGUUUUGUUAAUGACAACGAUUCGAAGGUGGAAAUCUCUGAAAUAAAGUGUGUUAUCAAAGUCAUGGCUUACAUGGUCACUAUACCGGCCAGCUUCGAGCUUAAAGCUCAUAAUAUUGUCUCGGAGACGAAUGAAGAAGUCGAAAAUGACCUUCUGCGCAACUUCACAGAUCGUCAUGAGAGAGUUCGCGCAGCACUAUUCGUUUAUAUCUGCAUACUCAAUGAUAAACUUCCCUCUGGAACGAAUCUAUGGGAUCUAUUUGACCACAGCAAAUUUUCACGGCAACUGAAAAAGGAGUUUCGAGGCUGCCUGGAGAACAUAGGCAAACUUCUUUCAGGGUUCGAAUUUUGGGAGCAGAGUCUCCGGAAGAAUCUCCAGAAGACCACCGAGAAACUUAGUGUUUACUCCGACAUACUAGACACCAUUGAUUCUUCGCAAAACCCACUGACAGCCAAUCUGAAAGACUUUGAAGAUGACCAAGAUUUUUUCCAUGACGAAGACUUUGUGAACUCAUUUGACGGUGACAAUACAGAAGUAACGAACGGAAUUGAUAUUUACACCACGGGGGGUAUCCUUGAGGCCAUGGCCAAUGAAUCUGUGGAAGAUUUAUAUUUCUUGGUAUUUAUGCCACUUCCGAAUAUUAAUUGGACGAAGGCUUUCAACCCAAUUAGUCAAGAAGGAAGUCAAGAGAUAAAUGAAGACUCGCUCCAGCGCCUUGGCAUUCACGUUCUCCUUAUUCCUCGACUUGCCAAGGCAUGCUGGGCUCAGAAAUGUCUUGAUUUACUCUCAUCUACGGAAUUUACAUUACCUGAUCUAGUUCAAAAAGCCUAUUCUUGUGUUGACGGCCUCCUAUCCCAUCUCAGCAGUUCUUUUCCUGGCAUCAAGAAUGAACAAGUCCUCAAGUUAAUAUCGGCAAUGGCUGAAGGGUAUCGUUGGUUGAACCUAAUUGAGAUGAUUGAAUCUGCAGAAAUCUUAUUAACACAAAGAUCAUUUAUUUCUGUUUUCGCUUCGGGAACACCACUCCAGCGUUUUGACAUCGGCGAAAUUGUAUCUGGUGGUACAGAUGACGACUUCAAACAUCUCAAAGAACUCAUUUCUACGUCCUUCUCGUGGAUUAAAAAACCUUGUGCUGAAUUAAGCGGAUUCGUUAAAUUAUUCUUACAUGCCGAGCAAUUUAUGGCAUUCGGAGACCUAACGAGCGCUCAAGAGAUUGGAUGUCAACUUCAAAGUUUGGCUGUUGGGUGUUUCGGCGAUCCUGAACACGUGAAAUGCACAAUUCAUCGAUUCUUUGACAAAUAUCACCAAGUGAUAGACAACCCCAUUAGAGAUAUGAUAACAAAGCUUCCUUCCGACGAGGAUGUCUUGUCACUUGCUUCAGAGUUCGAAAUAGCCACGCCCACGAUGAAGGAGGCAACCCCGUCUGAGUCCGGCAGCUCAAGUGCACAAAACGUGGAAGAAGAGACAGUCCGAAGUGACUUUCAACUCGGUCAAGAUAGCCCUCUCAUCAUGGCGAUCAUUCAAUACAUUCUUCACGAAGAACAAUCAGAGUGUGGCCCAGAACACUGA